UUCACUGAGUGAAGAAAGGAAAUGGCGAUGCGCGGAGGCUUCAGCGCAGCACAACAGAAGAAAAGCCUAUCUGACGGGGCCAGCGAUGUGUCAGAAUUCGUCUGCCCAGUUUGUCUUGAAAUUUUCGAGAAUCCCGUAACAACACAAUGUGGACAUACAUUCUGCCAGAGUUGUUUGCAAGAAUGUUUGCGUCCACAGAAGCCUGUUUGUGCUGUAUGUAGGGCCACUCUGGGCCACUGGACUAAAGCUGCAGAUCUAGAGGCCCUCAUCCAUUCAUCUGUGGCAGCUUGUAAGGGAUGUGGAGUUCAGGUCGGCCUUAAUUCCAUGAGAAGCCACACAGCUGUCUGUGCAAAGUACCAGGAGUACAUUGAGGAAGGAGUAAGGACCACUGCCCAGAGUCAGCCUGCCAUUGUCAGUCCAGUGCCAAACCGUUACACCUUCACCUGCCCCUACUGCAGCUGCCAGAACCUUGAUCAGGAUGGUUUGGUUGAACAUUGCACUUCCCAACAUGCUCGAGAUUCACGCCAAGUGGUGUGCCCCAUCUGUGCCUCAAUGCCUUGGGGGGACCCCAACUACAGGAGUGCAGACUUUUUUCAGCACCUUAAAAUCAGACACACUUUCUCCUAUGAUACAUUUGUCGACUACUCUACAGAUGAGCACACAAUGAUUCAGGAGGCUUUACAACGCUCUCUUUUGGAUAACUAAAGUGUGAAGAACAAUCUAGAAGGAGGAGCAUUCCUGAGAAGUGAAGAGUUGUCUUAAAAAGACACAAAAAACACACUGUAUCAUCAUUCAUGUAUCUUGAAGAUGGUGGUACUGACUUAUUUUGGGUAAUUAUUUUCAUAGGAGAACUGGUAUUGUAUCUAUGAAUCUAUAGGUUUAAUAUUCAGUAAACCAAUCAGGCAAUACGAUACCAUAUUGUACCGUUUGAUUUAGGACUGAUAUUGUGUUCCUGGUGUGAUAAUCUAUUACCCCCACCCCCACCAUCCCCCCGUUAAGUCUGUAGACUUGAUAGUGUGUUUAGUAUCUCCUUAACUAUGUUUAAGUAAUUUGUUCAGUAAUGACCUGGUGUCAUAUAACCAAAAGCUUCCAAAGUUGUGAUUAAACGAAUUCUCUGUUGUCAAUACUUGAUGUUAUGCGAGGGUUUGACCACUAGGUGGCAUAUUGCCAGAAAAAACAACUUCAGUGAGGUUGGCAUAUAAACAAUAACAUACAGUAAUAUACCGCUCCAGACAGGAAAAGGGGAUUUUUUUUUCUGUAAGGAAUUUGUUUUGUGUGUGUGUAUGUGUAUAUGUAUAUUGUGCGUGUGUGUGUGUGUGUCAUUCUUUUUUCAGAGAUCUACUGGAAAGAAGAAAUGGUGAGGGUCAAACUAAGCCAGUAACAGUGGUUUGGUUCACUGUAAAGUUCCUUUGUGCCUUCUAGUAGAUCUUGUUUCUGACUUCCAAAACGUUAUAGGGCUAAUAGUUCAUCCCAGGAAUCAACAUUGCAGACAUCAGUGGGUUCAAGUUAAUAAGUAUGAUGAUUAUUUUAUUUUUUGCAUGUUUAUGCCACAAGAGGGCAGUAGAGUUCUAUCUUUACUCUUGGAUGUUUUCCAACCAAUGGCGCUUGAUCUCCACAUGUUUUAGCUCUUGUAAAGGCUACUUUAGUUCAUGUUUCAUUCAGUGUUUGCUUUCCAUUUUUUUUUUUUUUUUUUUUUUUCCCUCAACUGCAUUAUACAGAUAUCUCACAGGUAUUUUGAAAUUGUGGUUUCAGCUGGCUUAUUUGUCACAGAUAAAUCAACAACCAUCACUCCACUUUUAGGCAAAUGUGACAUGACUUAAAGUGUGACUUUUUGAAAUGUGUGUGUGUCUCAUGUCCUCAUGUCUGGUCUCUUAGGUAGUCAGUCAUAAAGUUUUUGUUUCUGUCUUUUCAAAAUCUUUGGAAUUAUUUGGAAGCUUCCCAAAAUUGUGAGCAUGCUCAAUGACAGAGUUUGUACCAGAUGGUUUUCGUUGAAUUUUUAAAUGUGAGAAUCGUCUGUUGAUUUUAAUUUUUUUUUUUAAUUUUUUAUUUGUGACUCAGUAAAUGUCUCAGAUCAACCUUACACUGUAUUACAAAUCAUCACACAGUGGCAUUGAAUUUGUGUUCUACGAAGAGGUAAAUAAAACUCCUUACAUGCAGAAUAAGUAGCUCUAGAGCAGAACCUCAAUGCCUUGUCACCCCAUCUUUCCUCCCACUUCCACUCUGGAUUUUCACCACCCCCCAGCAGAAAAGUGUAAUAAUUUUAUAUGUGAUUCUAAUGUAUAAUGACAGCUUUUCCUUUUUCCAUAUAUCUCUCAUUCUCUUUUGUCAGUCUACUGUCAGGGGAUGCUAAAUCCUGAUAAAUUAAAGCUCUUUAAUUAUUGAAACCCUGGCCCCGGAAGUCAGGAGCAGUGAUUUAUACCUGUGUGUAUGAGACGUGUGGGGGAAGAAACAACACUUGCUGCUGAUGGAUGACCUGUGUUUGUGAGGGAAAGUAGUCGGGGGGGGGGGGGGGGGGUUUCAUUGUCACUAUCACGACAAAAAUGAAAUGUGUGUGUUACUGAGAAAAAUGUAAUAUACAAUAUGUAAAAAAAAAAAGAAAAACUUUUCUCCCCCAGACCUUUGUUUCUGUAUUAGACAUCAGGGCAGUGGCAUGUCAACUUGUACUUUUGCAUGUGCUAACUUUCUGAUGAAACUUUGACCCUUUUGUGUGCGUUGUCCACAGGAAGGAAAAAUCCCCACUUCUAUUUUCUUUUAGAGCCUCCGUAUCACUAAUCACUGCUGCUAAAUGAGUUUUACAUGCAACUCUACAGAGAAUCUCACCCACCAAACUUCUUGAUGCCCCCCCCCCCCCAACACACACGCACAGACACACACCCUAGCACAUCUUCCCUUACAUCUUCCUCUCUAUAUUUCCCCACAAUCAGGUUUUUGCUCCUGGCUGAUAGAGGAGUGAUGUUAGCUGUGAGAGAACUAACGAGAUACACGAGUGCUUCUGGGCAGGAAGGAAGUUGAGUCGAAAAACAUGGCAGUAAGAAGUCUUUCUUGUCUGUUUGGUGGCGCAGCUUAAAAGAGAGAGGGGAUCCAAGGUGGGGAGGAAGAGUA